GCGACGCCUCACGGAACUGCGUUCUCAGCUUUCAAACAGGGCAUCCGGUCCGGUCGUUGCAGCGUGUCCUAUUCAAACUGUAAAUAAGUAGCAAAAUAUCACCGAUUCAUUGCCACCAAACAGACUGUUUGUACCUGCAAAGACAGACAAACUAUCAAGCAAGAUGAGCGGCUCCAAGGAUUAUCAAGGCGGAAAGGCCUUUGGACAACUUCGUCAAACUCAAGAAAAUGAUCUGGAUGCCAUCAACCUGCUGUACAUGGACGAUGCAGACAAUCUUGAAGAAUACCCGGACCUUGCAGAGAAGUUGGACGCCUACAAAAAACAAUUUAUGGAAUUUGAUGAAGAUAAUUCAGGAGAUAUCGAUAUAAUGGAGUUGAAAAGAAUGAUGGAAAAACUCGGUCAAGCCAAAACUCACCUUGAAUUGAAGAAAAUGAUUUCUGAAGUGGAUACGCGGAAUUCAGGUACAAUUGACUACAAGGACUUCUUAACCAUGAUGCUGGGGAAAAAGAGUUCCGUUCUGAAAUUGAUUUUGAUGUUUGAAGAAAAGAAGAAAGGAAAGGAGCGGCCCAAAGGCCCAGCACCCAAACGAGAUUUAUCAUCACUCCCUUGACGCAGCCAAACCUCUUUUCCAUGAGCAUCAGAUUUUUACGUCCAUUGCUUACAUUUCAAAAUAUUCUGAAAAAGGUUUAAAUAAAAUCAGCAGACAUUUAAUAAACAAUAUAUAUUUAUACAAAAUUCUUGCUUAUUUCAUAAAAAUGGGGUAUUUUGAUUUAAUAACACAUUUUUCUACACGAUUAUGUUAGUAUUGUAAACGAUUUUUUGUUAAUUAUAUGCAUGUUCUUGC